AUGGAGGAAGAGGACGAAAACCAAGGGUGGGGAGGGGGAAGGCAUGAGCAAAUAGGGGUUACAGUUGAUGUUGUUGAGAGGUCAGGAGAUGAUGUGGAGGAUCAGACAGGGCUAACCUCGCGGCUGUCAGUUAAGCAUGUCGUCGAGGUCAUCACAAAAUUCGAUGAGUACAAAAGAUGGCUUGUGUCUGAGAUUGGUUUUGAGGGUAUGCUUAAACUCCCACUGUUGGGGAAGAUGGAUCUAAAGAUGAGUGCGUGGAUUAUGCGGAAGGUGAAGGUGAAGGUGCGUGCAAUAGUUGUUGAUGAACAUAGGGUGAUUCCUUUUGUGCCAGAGGAUUUUCACAAAGUAUUUGGCAUUCCGUGCGGCAACCGCGCUGUUCGUGGAAGGGAUGGCAAAAUAAAGAGUGCAGCAGUAGAGUUCAUGAAGCAGACAAUUGGGAUGGAUGCAUCUCCUGCUCAGAAUCUCAAGAUGGCAGAAGAUUUUCUUAGUAGGGAUAUAUCAGAUGAAUCAAGCAAGAUUGAGAAGGACUGUUUCCAGAUUUCAUUUGUUAUAUUUGUGAUGGGUUAUGUCUUGUCCCCGGGCACAAAGUAUGAGCACAUGACCAUUGAUUUUUGGGGGGCUCUCGCCAAUCCUGAGCUGAUUUCCCAAUUUAAUUGGUGCGAGUAUGCUGUUGAUAAUCUCAUGGCAGCUGUGAUGAAGUUGCAGAGGGAAUAUCACAACAAGGCGCAAGUGGUUCAUCUUUCUGGAUGCCAUUUGUUCUUCCAGAUUUUCUUGCUAGACAACAUUGAUCUUGGGAUUUUCAACAUGAUACACUCUGUAUUUCCGAGAAUUCAGAGUUUUGACUACAAAAUGCUUCGGCAGAUGAUUACGAUGGCGCGCUGCGAGCAGCGAGGGAGCAUAACAUACGUCCCUGGAGCAAUUCGCCCACCAGAUUCUGUAUGCUAUGUGCCUGUAAGUGUGACGAGCGCAAUGUGGACGGACGGUAUGUCACUUCCAUCUUCGUCCAAACAACCAUCAUCAAGGAUGUCUGUCACACGCAAAUGUCGGACAUCAAAGGUUUGUUUAGAUGCAAAGACAGGGGCAUUCAACUUUUUUGGGGAUCCUAUGUCUGCUAAUAGGUCAAUUGGCCCAAGUGAAUUCAGCAAGCAUCUUCGACAGAUUUCAAAAGAUGAUCCGGCCCUGCAGGAGCUGAGUCUCAUGUUGAAGCAGCACAAUGCCAAGUGCACGCUCGCCGCGACAUUGUUGAGGAACCAACUACAGUCUGAUAUGUUUUGCUUUGCGGAGAAAAUGGUCGAACUUGUGAAGGACCGCUGCAGGUGUUGUUCGAAUCGAGGAUUGUCCAAGUGUACUAGUCUUGAGGAUACUGAUGUGGAUGGUAAUUCUAGUAGGCGAGUUUUCGAAGUAGGCCAUCGGCUUGAUAUGGGUUGUGACGAAGUCCAUGCAAAGUCAAAGGUUUACGAAGAUUAUCAAAGAAUGAAAAGGAUUUGUGUUGAACGAAACAAAAACAAAGCUGAAUCAGGGCAGGGCCAGUCGCGGACGAAAGAUGAUGUUCCUGUCUACAACAAUCCUGUGAUAGAGAGAAAACCAGAUGAUAGGGGGAAGAUGUUUGAAGACCGAAUUGUAGUCUAUGCACAGACUAUUGCUGAAAUGGUUCAAUCUCUAUAUGAUACAGAUACGAAGGAGGCAACAUUUGUUUAUUUUCACUCAACUGAGUCUAAAUUACCCAGGCGUAGGAAUGUCAUGUCGGCAAGCUUUUGCAAUGAUCCAUGGUCACGGGGAUGUGUCCCGCAACCUGCUUCAAUCCCGUUGAUAGGCAAGUUCAAUGCAUGGAUCGGUGGUCAGAAAGACCUUGAUUUGAAUAGUGUUUGGUUGCUGCAUACAUCGCCAAGGCUCUUGAGGGUAAAUGUUGUAUGUAUUCAGCAGCAGAUACUUGGAUCAGAAGCUCUUGACCAUGAGGUUGCUACCCUUCUUUUGCGGCGUUUUUACCAAAUUGACACUGGGGAUGGAGGAGCAAGUACCUACAUGUUGUGGAGGGAAGUUCUUGAACCAGAUUUUUCGGUGCGGCCAUAUUUUACUACAUAUAAUUAUGUUGUUUUUAGGCUCAUACACUUUAGCAAUGUACAUUUGUAA